AUGUCCAGUCCACCAUCCAACGCAAGCGCAGCACCAUCCAGCGCAAGCGGCGGCACAGAGGGAGGUGCAGCGCCACCGCGUCGAUUCGCGAAUGCAGUGCACGCCGUCGAGCGUGUACUCAGCUUCCGCGGUCCAGCCUCCCAGUCCCCACAGCCCCAGCAGCAGCAGAAGGCGAGACCGAGUCUGGGACCGCUCCACCUCGACAUCGACAGGGCCAUACCGCUCGAUGCCUUCGGAAGCGACGAGUUCCCGCACAUCGACGACGAGCACCUCGAUGCCCUCUUCCCCGCGCCGCAGUUCGAAGGCGUCCGCAACAAUGUCCGCGCCGCCAUCGAGGAUAUGAAACUCAACUUCUCGCUCGACCCCAAGUUGCUCGCCAACGAGCGGUCCGAGACGAAUCAGGGCUACCACGCCAUUGCGCUGCUGCUCUCCAGGUUGCAGGUUCGCCCCGCCGACGGAGGAAUAGACGGACAACGUCCCGGGCAGCACGCGGGUGCGGCGGGAGAAGGCGAUGAGGGGUCGAGCAAGGAUCGAGACGGCACCGUUGCCUCUUCAUCGCGCCACCGGGUUGGCGGCGGCAACACGACGGCGCCGCCACCGCGCAGUUUCGAGACGCACGACCUGCUCAAGGCCAUCGACCGCAAGGACACCGAGACGAUCCUGGCGAUCCGCGAUGCCAAUUUCGACCUGCUCCUCGACCUCUCGUACGGCGGGAGCACGGGCAAGACGUCGUCGGCGGCCGCCCAGGCGGGCGGCACGUCCAACACGCCGCUCGGCUACGCCAUCGGACUCGGAAAGGGCUGGGAGGGCAUCUCGAUCGUCCUCGUCGGCGCCCUGUCCAAGUUUGUAAACACGCUCCCGGACGACGACGACGACGACGACGGCGCCAACGUCGUCGUACAGCCGCCCGCCCUGGCGCCCGGAGAGGGGUUGAAUGCGAGGCACAAGAGGAGGCCGGCCAAGGUCGAGCUCGACCCGCACACCCUCAUGCGCCUGCGCAAGGUGCGCGUCAACCUCAAGCUCGCCAUCGACCACAGCAUCUUCACCGACCAGACCAGGCUGCUGGCCAGCUACAUGCAGGUGCUCGUCAUGUCCGAAGGGAGCCAGUUCCUCUACGCGUCGAUUUCGACGGUGCAACACAGCCUGCUCAACCCGGCGGGCGGCGACGCAGUGGGGCAGGCGCGCUCCGCCGUGCUCCAGUUUGUCACCGAUGCGCUGCGACACAAGACCGACCGGGUGGCGGCGGUCAAGGACUACGUGUCGAACGCGACGGGCGACCUGGUCCUCAUGGCGCUGUGGGACCUCGUCAAGCUCAGCCCUGUCGAGAUGCAGGCCUAUAACCCCGACGGCGGCGGCGGCGAGGUCGAGGACCUGGGCAGACUGCUGCCCCUCUUCUACUUUGCUCGCGACGACCGGGUCACGGCGGCGUUUGUGGAGCGGACGACGAGGCUGGACAAGCUCCUGGACGGCGUCGAGGCGGGGCAGAGGGUUAGGGCAAAGAGGAACGCGUCCGCCUGGAAGCUGGCCCGCUCGAUUGUCGAGGCGCUCCAGGAGGGGUCGAGGCGCAAGUCGGCCGACGAGCGUAUGCAGGUGAUCCGAUCAAAGCUGGAGCGGAGGGCCGGCUAG